AGGAGUACUUGAGAAAAUUAAGUUUUGAAGUUUCCAUAUUUUUUAUAUGGAAGCAACUUAAUUUAAUUCCCUUACUUUCCAUAUUAUAGAAAUAAAUAAAUUUUGAGGGUGGUACUUUGAACUAGCUAGUGCCUAGUGAUAUUGAAAUGGGUGUCUUAAGUACCAUAGCUGGUUUUUUGGGAUUUGGAAUUGGAACUUCACUUGGACUUGUCAUUGGUUAUUAUUUCUUUAUUUACUUUCAGUCAAUACAUGUUAAGGAUCCUACAAUUCGUCCCUUGGCUGAGCAAGAUUCUAAAACUCUGCAACAGUUGCUUCCAGAUAUACCCUUUUGGAUCAAAAAUCCGGACUAUGAACGUCUUGAGUGGCUUAAUAAAUUUAUUGAGUAUAUGUGGCCUUAUUUGAACAAGGCAAUUUGCAAGACUGCAAGAACUAUAGCAAAGCCAAUUAUUGCUGAACAAAUUCCAAAGUACAAAAUUGAUUCAGUUGAAUUUGAAGAACUUAAUUUAGGUUCUCUACCACCAACUUUUCAAGGAAUGAAAGUCUAUAGCACUGAUGAAAAGGAAUUGAUUAUGGAACUAUCAAUGAAAUGGGCUGGGAAUCCUAACAUUUUAGUUGCAGUUAAAGCAUUUGGAUUGCGAGCCACUGUCCAGGUUGUUGACCUUCAAGUAUUUGCUUCUCCGCGCAUAACUUUGAAGCCUCUGGUUCCUAGUUUUCCUUGUUUUGCCAAUAUUUAUGUGUCUCUCAUGGAGAAGCCACAUGUUGAUUUUGGACUAAAACUUCUUGGAGCUGAUGCAAUGUCUAUUCCUGGUCUUUACAGGAUUGUCCAGGAAAUUAUAAAAGAUCAGGUUGCAAAAAUGUAUUUGUGGCCUAAGGCCUUAGAGGUGCAAAUGAUGGAUCCAUCAAAGGCCAUGAAAUUACCAGUUGGAAUCCUUCAUGUGAAAGUUGUGAGGGCAGUGAAGCUUAGAAAGAAAGAUCUAAUGGGAGCAUCAGACCCUUAUGUCAAACUUAAACUCAGAGAUGAUAAACUUGCUUCAAAGAAAACAACUGUGAAGCACAAGAACUUGAAUCCAGAAUGGAAUGAAGAAUUUAAUGUGGUCAUUAAAGAUCCACAAUCUCAAGCCUUGGAGCUUAAUGUUUAUGAUUGGGAGCAGAUUGGGAAGCAUGAGAAGAUGGGUAUGAAUGUGAUUCCAUUGAAAGAGGUUACACCAGAUGAAUCAAAAGUACUUACUCUUAAAUUACUAAAAACAAUGGAACCCAAUGAUCCUGAGAAUGAGAAGUCACGUGGAGAUCUCAUUGUGGAAGUUUUAUACAAACCUUUUAAGGAGGAUGAGUUACCUAAGAAUGUAGAAGAUCCCAAUGGAAUAGAAAAGGCUCCUCAAGGAACACCUUCUAGUGGUGGUUUGCUUGUGAUUAUCAUCCAUGAAGCUCAAGAUGUAGAAGGAAAACACCACACAAAUCCAUUUGCAAGAUUGAUAUUUAAAGGAGAGGAAAGGAAAACCAAGCAUGUAAAGAAAAAUAGAGAUCCAAGAUGGAAUGAAACGUUUCAAUUUACUCUGGAGGAACCCCCUACUAAGGAGAGGCUUUAUGUUGAAGUGCUAAGUGCAUCCUCAAAGCUGGGCCUGCUGCAUCCCAAGGAAACUCUUGGAUAUGUGGAUAUAAAUUUAUCUGAUGUUGUUAGCAACAAAAGAAUCAAUGAGAAUUAUCAUCUUAUUGACUCCAAAAAUGGACGGAUUCAAAUUGAGCUUCAAUGGAGAACUCCCUAAUAGUAAUUAUUCUUCCAAUGUUAAUAUGGCACACCGUUGUAUUUAAAUUUUAAGUUUAUAUCAUUUUGUAAUUAUAGUUAGCUACUUGCAAACCACUCAUUAAUAAAGUGAAUGCAUAUAUAAUAUAUGUUUAUUAAAUGCAGAAUACGAAUAUGUUCUUCAACUAAUUAAGUCUAGUGGGUGAUUGAUCGUUCAAAAGAUUUGCUA